AAAAUAUGUUGUCUAUUGUAAAACACAAGCGGGAUCUCAACAUAUGGUCAAUUGGUAAUUGUGACAUUUAACUACGUCACAGAGAGCUUGUAGGUAUGGUUGGUUCUGCACUUAAGCGGCUUAUGGCCGAAUAUAAACAGCUCUCGUUGAACCCACCUGAAGGUAUUGUUGCAGGACCCAUUAAUGAAGAUAACUUUUUCGAAUGGGAAGCUCUGAUUUUAGGUCCGGAGGACACCCCAUUCGAAGGAGGGGUCUUCCGGACUACUUUAAACUUCCCAACAGACUACCCGAUGAGUCCUCCAAAGAUGAAGUUUACGUCCGAUAUGUUUCAUCCCAACAUUUAUCCAGAUGGAAGAGUUUGUAUUUCAAUCCUCCAUUCGCCCGGUGAUGACCCGAUGGGUUACGAAACAAGUGCAGAGCGAUGGUCUCCCGUACAGAGCAUUGAAAAGAUCCUCCUUUCUGUUAUGAGCAUGCUUGCGGAGCCGAAUCCGGAGUCAGGAGCAAAUGUGGACGCCUCGAAAAUGUGGAGGGAUGACCAGGAACAAUUUGUAAAGCGAGCAGAAAAGCUAGUCCGAAAAUCGCUUGAUUUACCUGAAAAUUUAUAACAAUUCAUGCAAUAGGGUACUGUAAUAUAUUCAUUAUCAUUUGUUCAAAAGUGUUUUUUUAUUUACAGUUACAGUUACAGACUUACAGUAAUACAUGGGCUGUAUGACAUUCCUAUGAAUAAAUGGCCAUGUUUCGAAUACUGCUUGUUCUUCCAUACGCCAUACCAUAAUUACCCAACUAUUUUGAAAAUAAUAGCAAUUUCAAAUCUUAUGGAAAUUACUUAUACGAACUCACCCAACCGUUGCAUUGUCAUAGUAUAGGCUUUUCUAAUUAAAUAUAUGUAUGGACUAUAGAUAUAUAUUUACUUUUAUUUUGUUAGUAAACAAUUGAAACUGAUAACUCGUCAUGAUUCUUAUUCUUAAAUAACCCAAGCUUUAGUUACCAACUUGUAUAUUCUGUUUAUUACCUUGUUUAGUAGUAAUACAUUGACACAGUCUCAUUGUACUAUACAGAUAUUUUGUUCGUUGGUACACAAACUAUCUUGUAUAAAUUAUUAUGUGUGUUAAGUUAUCAUUGAGUUAUAGCAAACCAUUAUUUAAUCGAUUGUGAAAAGCAAAGACAUGACUAUUUGGUGUGACCUAUAGUACUGGUAUGCCCUGUUCUAACUAUGUUAUUGUUAAAAUGUGUUCGCUUAUCUGUUGAAACUACAUUGUUCUUUCUCCUACAG